GGAGAAAGGGGGAAAAUAGAAAGAAAAGGCUGCAGUUUUGGGCUUUUGGUAGUAUUGCUAUCCCUUCACGAUUCAACAUGGGUUGCCAGCAAAUAUGUGAGAUAAAGAGGGGCGGGAUCAGGGGAGGUUCCAAGGUUACGCAAAGUCCUGAUAUUAUGGGCUUAAACAAAAAAUUUAAAUGUGAGGAACAGGGCUGUGUUCCCCCAACAACCUCGACUGUGCCUUUUUCUCCUGUUUCCAAUUUAAAACAUCCCCACAUUCAUGCUUUCACUCCAUGCUGGGUCUUCAACGGAGAAAUGAUGUUGACACUUUACCCAAUUCUCCUGUGGGGUCUGUGAAGAUCAAAGUGGAAACCCACUCCUCCUUUCUCCUUCUUCUUCUUCUUUCUUCUUUCUUCUUUCUUAUUCAGUGCGAGGACUCUCAUAUUUUGCUUCAGAUCAGAAGCGAGAAGUCAUUGUUGAUGCCAUCGCAGACUUCUUUUAUUAUGUUAUUCUUACACAAAGAAUGGAUUGGGUUGAUUAUUUAAAAUAUCACCCACUUGUUAUCUUUGAUAGAGCCUUGAAAAGGUAGCGAGAAUUUGAUGGUUUCGAGUUCAUUGAAUGAAAUGACUACUUUCAGUUCUAACAAGUCACGACCCCUCUCUUAAAAAUGGGCCAUGGGUUCCGAUGUUCUCCAUUCUCUGGAUGAAUGUAUCAUGUGGGCCGUGCAGGUGGGCUGUGGGCUCAAUUUUAUUUAAUGACAAAAAAAUAUCUUGGGGACAUGGAGGGGAAUCAAAUUGCAUGAAGGCCCCCACUGUAUGGGGUAGACGCAGAGGGGCUUUUUGGCACUCCAACAACAAUUUACAAAUACUAUUUGAUAGCCUUGGUGAAUCUGUUACAUAUUUUUUAUCAUUCUGGCUUUAAUCUCUUUCACAUACCAGGAAUAUUAAAAGAAAAAUAACGGUGUAUAAAUAAUAAUAGUAAUAAUAAUAAUAAAAAGAGAAGAACGGAGUCAAAAGAAAAGCGCGCCAAAAAGUUAGGGUUUCGGUUGCAGAGAACAGAAGAGAAGCAAAUGGCCAUAGAAUGUCUGGUUCUAGGCGCAGGGCAAGAGGUGGGGAAGAGCUGUGCAGUGGUGACCAUCAAUGGCAAGAGAAUCAUGUUCGAUUGCGGCAUGCACAUGGGCUAUCUCGACCACAGACGCUUUCCCGAUUUCUCUCUCAUUUCUAAAUCCGCUGAUUUCAACACUGCUAUCGACUGUAUCGUCAUUACUCACUUUCACUUGGAUCAUGUUGGGGCUCUUCCUUACUUCACGGAAGUUUGUGGGUAUAGCGGACCCAUUUACAUGACGUAUCCAACAAAGGCAUUGUCUCCUUUGAUGUUGGAAGAUUAUAGGAAAGUAAUGGUGGACCGAAGGGGAGAGCAAGAACUGUUCAGUAAUGAUGACAUCAUGAAGUGUAUGAAGAAAGUUAUAGCAGUGGACCUGAAGCAGACUGUGCAGGUUGAUAAGGAUCUUCAGAUCCGUGCCUACUAUGCAGGACAUGUUCUUGGGGCUGCAAUGUUUUAUGCAAAGGUUGGAGAUGCUGCUAUGGUGUAUACAGGGGAUUAUAAUAUGACACCAGAUAGGCAUCUUGGAGCUGCUCAAAUUGAUCGAUUACAGUUGGACCUUCUUAUAACAGAGUCAACAUAUGCAACCACUGUUCGUGAUUCAAAGUAUGCUCGUGAGAGGGAAUUUCUUAAAGCAGUUCACAAAUGUGUAGCUGAUGGAGGAAAAGUGCUAAUUCCUACAUUUGCUCUUGGAAGAGCUCAGGAACUUUGUAUACUGUUGGACAAUUAUUGGGAGCGCAUGAAUCUAAAGGUUCCAAUUUACUUUUCGGCAGGCUUGACCAUUCAAGCUAAUAUGUACUAUAAAAUGCUUAUCAGCUGGACCAACCAAAGAGUCAAGGAGACAUAUGCCACACACAAUGCAUUUGAUUUUAAAAAUGUUCGGAGUUUUGACCGCUCUCUUAUAAAUGCUCCUGGACCCUGUGUUCUCUUUGCCACACCCGGGAUGAUCAGUGGUGGUUUUUCUCUUGAGGUUUUUAAGCUUUGGGCUCCAUCUGAAAUGAAUCUUGUUACACUACCUGGGUAUUGUUUGGCUGGAACUAUAGGACACAAAUUGACAACGGGUAAACCAACGAAAAUUGAUUUGGAUAAAGACAUCCAAAUUAGCGUACGAUGCCAGAUUCAUCAACUGUCUUUCAGUCCUCAUACAGACGCCAAAGGGAUUAUGGAUCUGGUCAAAUUUCUCUCCCCCAAGCAUGUAAUACUUGUACAUGGUGAGAAGCCUAAGAUGGCUUCUCUUAAAGGAAAAAUUGAGUCUGACCUAGGAAUCCAAUGUUAUUAUCCAGCAAAUAAUGAUACCGUGUGCAUUCCUUCAACUUGUUGGCUGAAAGCAGAUACCUCAAAAACAUUUAUUCGGAGUUCCUUGAAUCCAAAUUUCAAGUUUGUAAAAACCAUUUCAGAAGAUAAAUUAAACUUGGUUUCUAAAGAGACCGAAGACACUUCAGUGCUGCAGGUGCAUGAUGAAAGGGUAGCUGAAGGGAUCUUGAUUGUGGAGAAAAGCAAGAAAGCAAAGGUUGUGCACCAGAAUGAGCUUCUCCUCAUGAUAGGGAAGGAUAAACAUGAUGUUCAGUUUGCUUAUUGUUGCCCUGUACAGAUUGGAAACUUGGAAAGGACCAAAGGCAUGGAUUUCGCUUUAUCAAAGAAUGUGGUUUCCACAUCUGAUGAAUGCUCUUGGCUUCACCUACUAUUUGCAAAACUUUCAACCAAAUUAGGAGGGAACAUCCAAGAUUUUGGUCAACAUCUUCAAGUGGAUUCCAUCUAUAUCUCUGUAUGUUUAAAGGACAUCUGCCCUUACAGAACCACCGAUGGCCCUCAAAAAGAAUCAGCGGUGUUUUUUUGCUGCACUUGGUCAGUGGCAGAUGUGAAUCUUGCUUGGGAAAUAAUUUCAAUCAUGGAGAACUUGGAUUUGAGUAUAAUUUAAAGAUCUUCCACUGGUGGGAACAUCUAGAGAUGGAGGAUGAUAUGCUGUAUUUUUAUCACUUGUCUGAAAAUUUUUAGAAAUGGAGUUUGUAUAGACUUCAUGUGUCCAAGUGCACAACUAAAUUGUCUGCACUAAUGUUCUCUGUUUUAUGUUGUGGAUAAUGUUUUACAUACACAGAAAUGAAAAGGUUGGCCAGUUUCAUAAUCUGGAGUCCUGUAUAAUUUUGGUAGUAAGAAUUUAAAAUCUCA